GGCGCACAGCAUCGAAGACGUCUCUACACAACAGCUAGGCCCUGUGGACAGAUACAUUUUCGGAAGAUAGCUCGUAGGAAGCGUUUGCCUUAGGUUUGCAGCAGCGUAGGCUAAUUAGCACCUCUCUUUCUGCCCGCGCACCUUCAACCACUACGUAGGAAAAUGUUUAUAGGGGGUUUGAACUGGGAGACUACUGAUGAGAGCAUGCGCACAUACUUUGAGAAGUUUGGAGAAGUGGAGGACUGCGUAGUCAUGAAGGACCCCGUCACCGGCCGAUCCCGUGGAUUUGGAUUUCUGACCUUCAAGGAUCCCCGUUCAGUGGAGGAGGUUGUACAAUUAGAACAUACAUUAGACGGCAAAAUCAUCGACCCAAAGCGAGCGAUCCCACGCGAGGAGCAAGAAAAAACCGAAAAGAUCUUCGUCGGCGGCGUCGGGCCGGAUGUCACCGAAGACCAGUUCCGCGAAUAUUUCAUGCAGUUCGGCAAAGUCAUCGACGCCACCUUGAUGAUUGAUCGUGAGACCGGCCGACCACGAGGGUUCGGGUUCAUCACCUUUGAGAACUCGGAUGGAGUCGAUAAGGCGAUGGCGAAGCAGUCGUUGGGGGAGCUGGCGAUUAAUGAGAAGACGGUUGAAGUGAAACGCGCCAUGCCCAAGCACAAAAUCCCUCAAUCCGCACCCGGCGGCGGCGGCGGUCAACGCUACGGCCGCCCGGACUCCCUUAUGGGCGGCGACUCCCGCGGCUCCAACUUCGGUCCCAUGCGCAGUCGAAUGGGCUACGGGGGCGCAGGCGGCGGCGACGCAAUGGGAAUGGGGAGCAUGGGCCGCAUGGGGGCCGCGCGCUACGGCUUCCCCGGUGCCGCGGUGGCUGGCGGGAUGGGCUACGGGCGGUACGGCAUGGCUGACGCUGGAGCGGGUGGGUAUGGGAGUUCUGGGUUCGGCGGGUAUGGAAUGCACGGCCGGUAUGCUGCUGGGUUUGGGGGGAUGGAGGGUUUUAGCGCUGCCUAUGGUAGGAACCCGGCUGCGAUGGCAGCGUAUUAUCAGGCUGCUAGGGCGGGGGGUUACGGGGCUUCGCCGUAUGGGUAUGGAUACCCGGCGGGAUACGGAUACGGGGCUGCUGCUGGCGGCGCUGGUGGUGAUAUGUUCGGGAGGUAUGGCGCGCAGGGAGGUCACGGCGGCCAAGCUGGAUUUGGGAGAGACGCGGGCUACCGUCGUACCGGCGGGCCUGGGACGGGGGACGAUUCACCCACCGACUCACCUGGACGUGGAUCGAGCAGCCGCGGGUACGGAGGUGUUGGUUCACCUGGUCAAGGCGGACGAGAAGACGAAACUGAUUCGGUCGCGUUGGCUGGCGGGGAUGUCGACGUGAAGCCGAUUAUGACGCCUUCGGGACCGAGGUUUGAUCGGGAACGGGAGAGGGACUACGGCAGCGGUGGUGGAGAGAGGAGUCGGGGAGGCAGCGGGGCGCGGAGCCAUGGGUACCACCCAUACGCUCGAUGAACGUGAGGCGAACGCGAGAACGGCUUGUCUGAAUCGUGUUUCUGCGCCAGAUAUCCCGAUGAAGUCUUUGCUGACGUGUGCUUUUGACAUGAGGAAUCAAAUAUAUUGUAUCGCGUAGUGAAGGCAGCGUCC